CUGCUGUGCCUGGGGAGAGGGGCGGCCGCCAGCUCCUCCGCUCUCUCCUUGUUUGGGUCGGAAACGCUUGCUUCAGGCUUAGCGGCCACUUCGCGAUUUGCCGCGGGACGGGAGAGAGCGGAGAGCGGCCACCGGGACCAGGACCAUGACCGGGAGUAACAUGGCAGAUGCACUGGCCAGUGCUACCUGUGGGCGCUGCCACUCACACUUUGACCCCUCCGAGCGCAUUGUCAACAGCAACGGGGAACUCUACCACGAGGAGUGCUUUGUCUGCGCCCAGUGCUUCCGGCAAUUUCCGGGAGGAGUCUUCUACGAGUUUGAAGGUCGGAAGUAUUGUGAACACGACUUCCAGAUGCUGUUUGCACCGUGCUGUGGGCAAUGUGGGGAGUUCAUUAUUGGCCGUGUCAUCAAAGCAAUGAAUAAUAAUUGGCACCCAGACUGUUUCUGCUGUGAGAUUUGCUCGAUCGCUCUGGCCGACCUGGGUUUUGUCAAGAAUGCGGGCAGGUAUGUUAAAAACGAGUGCUAA